GAGAUAAGUUGUGUCAACCCUUAACCUCAACAGCCCACGAGCAUAACUACGUCACUCAGCUCAGCCGUUUCCUUUCACUGUCCAGAAAGCGCUCUCUCUCUCUACAGUCUAGAAUGAACUGAAAGCUACUACUCUUUCUCACCUUACUACGACCAAACCAUAGCACCAUCCUCAUCACUUCCGCCUUUUUGUAUCUGUCAUAUAAUCACUAUCCAUUUCAUCUACUCCCUGUACAUUUUCAACAACUUUUGAUUUGCUUUUCUUGAAGCCAAGAAUGGCUGAUACAGAACAUACCCAUCAGCCACCACCGACGGCUGAGGAAGAUAGCCCACUCCCACCUUCACCACCUCUUGCUUCAGUUGAAGUUGAAUCAGUGGCAGAAGCUGAGGAGCAUCGCUCUGCUGUUACUGUAGUUGAAAAGGAAGGUCCUCUAACUGAACCCCCACCAGAACCAAUAGCUCUUGUUGCAGUUGAACACGUAUCUAUUACUGUUGCUGACAAAGAAGCAGAGGGCGUCACUGAAUCUGUGGAAAAGAAACCUGAAUCUUUGGUUUCAUUUAAAGAAGAAAGCAACAAAGUGUCAGAUCUAUCUGAUUCCGAGAGAAAAGCACUUGAAGACCUAAAACAUCUUGUUCAAGAAUCGGUUAAAAAUCAGAGCUUUACUACAGCUAAAACCCCAUCUGAUUUGCCUGAGGAAGUAUCGAUUUGGGGAGUGCCACUAUUGAAAGAUGAUAGGAGUGAUGUGAUUCUGCUCAAGUUUCUUAGAGCUAGAGAAUUCAACGUUAAGGAGGCAUUUGCUAUGUUAAAGAACACCAUUUUAUGGAGAAAGGAGUUUAACAUUGAAGAGCUUGUAGAUGAAAAUCUUGGGGAUGAUGUUGAAAAAGUUGUGUUUAUGGAUGGUCAUGACAAAGAGGGACACCCUGUUUGCUAUAAUGUGUAUGGUGAGUUUCAGAAUAAGGAAUUGUAUAACAAAACCUUUGGAGAUGAGGAGAAGAGAAACAAGUUUUUGCGCUGGAGGGUUCAGUUCUUGGAGAAAAGUAUAAGGAAAUUGGAUUUCAGUCCUGGUGGAAUCAAUACUAUAUUUCAAGUUAGUGACCUCAAGAACUCACCUGGUCCAGGGAAAAGGGAGCUUCGAAUUGCUACCAGGCAGGCCUUGCAAUUGCUUCAGGAUAAUUAUCCCGAGUUCGUCGCUAAGCAGGUGUUUAUCAAUGUCCCUUGGUGGUAUUUAGCUUUCUACACAAUGAUCAGCCCAUUCAUGACUCACAGAACAAAAAGCAAGUUUGUAUUUGCUGGUCCAUCAAAGACUGCAGAAACCCUUUACAAGUAUAUAUCUCCUGAGCAAGUGCCUGUUCAAUAUGGGGGCCUCAGUGUCGAUUACUGUGAAUGUAAUCCUGAGUUCACUUUCAAUGAUCCAGCUACAGAGAUCAUUGUAAAACCUGCAACAAAGCAGACCGUGGAGAUCAUUGUAAAUGAGAAGUGCAGUAUUAUCUGGGAGCUACGUGUACUGGGUUGGGAGGUGACAUAUAGUGCUGAAUAUGUGCCGAAUACAGACAGUGGAUAUACUGUUAACAUACAGAAGCCUAGGAAGAUGACUGCAGCUGAUGAACCUGUUGUUAGCAGCAGCUUCAAGAUUGUUGAGCUAGGUAAGAUACUGUUGACGAUUGACAACCCUACAUCAAAGAAGAAGAAGCUUCUGUACAGGUUCAAGGAUAAGCCUUAUUCUGAUUGAGGUUCUCUGAUCAUGAGGAAUCAAUUUCAACGGUGAGACCCCAAAUCAAGGGGUGACUCUGGUUAUAAAUUUUGACACACACAUCUUUAUGUAUGUGGAGGUGCAUUUUGUGUUGGUUCACUUUGUUAGUUAAUGGAUAUUGUGGGUUUUCUCAGAUUUUGUUGGGAUCUAUGAAUUUCUUCUUUUUAGCUUAGAUUGUACCGUCCUUGCUUUGACUUGAGGACAAGUGUUAGGGUUAUCCCUGUGGCUUGGGUAUUUGGUUUGAUUCUUGACCAUGAUUAUGUUCUAGGCUUUUCUAGCCCAAGGAUGAAUUUGAGGGCAGCCGGUGUACGUACAAUGAGGGAAAACAUGUUUCUGAAAGCAUCUUUCCUUGCCUAUUUUCUGUUGUAUAUUAUCAUUUACCAUCAAAAAGUUCAUUUUCCAGAA